CCAAAAACUUAUCUCGGGAUUGCGCCAAGGUAACGGUGAGGCGGGACUUGGACACGCGGAAAUAAAAAAAGAAAAGAGAAAAAAAUAUGCGAGAGAAAGGAUCCGAGAGGAUUUGCAAAACCCGGAUGCCCGGGCAGGUGAGAGACAAUGGGUGACAGGGAGAGCCAGGACGAUGGCGGUGGUAAUCCGCCGUUUUGAAAAGGGGUGGAACUCCGGCGUGCAUUGUCCGCUUAAUGAUGGAGUGGAGACAUGACAGGUGAAACCGAAUACACACGUCACCGAAAUUCUCUCUGGCUACGCUGCUCCCAGAACCACGACGAGCAGCUAGCCGACCCGACCAAUCCGCCUCUCGGCACCGAAGCUUUCGGGACGUCUGUCCAUCGACGAUUAUGACAUUUUCCUAAGAGGGUCGUCUUUCGCGCUGAAUCAGCGAUCCCUCGAUUUAACCGACUUACCCAAACUACCCCUUUCGUAAUUGUCUUGCUCGAGGAACGACGCGUAAUCCUGUUUGUUUCCUUCGGUUCUCUUUAAUCCAGGGGUGCAAAGCCGAGCAUCGAUAUAAUUAGAGCCACGAACAGUUUCUCGUCGAAAACUCGUUCCGUAGCCUUCGAACAUCGAAACGUUCGUACGUUGAUCGCCGAACGGCCGAUACUUUCAGAUACCAGAGAGGCGGGUUUCGUGAACGCCAUAACCGCGGCUGGAGUCACUUACGCGGUCACCAGAGCCUGCACCAUGGGCCACCUGGUCGAAUGCUCUUGCGACAAGAUGACGCCAAAAGGUAAUCGUCUCGGUAAACUCGCACGCGCCAUCGACACGGAAAAGAGUCUGCCCACGGAAGGUGACUGGGAAUGGGGCGGAUGCGGCGACAACGUGAAAUUUGGUUUCAAGAAGUCUCGGGAUUUCAUGGACGCUCCUUAUCGGAAACGCACCGACAUCAAGACUCUGGUGAAACUUCACAACAACAACGCUGGCCGUUUGGCUAUCAGGAACUUUAUGAGGACGGAGUGCAAGUGUCACGGAUUGUCAGGGUCGUGCACGGUUCGCACGUGUUGGCGGAAAAUGCCGCCGUUCCGAGACGUGGGUAACAGGCUGAAAGAGUCGUUCGACGGGGCGGCAAAGGUGAUACCGAGCAACGACGGGCACAGCUUCAUCACAGAGGGUCCGACCAUCAAGCCGCCCGACAGAUUCGAUCUGAUUUACAGCGAGGACUCGCCCGACUUCUGCAAGCCGAACCGAAAGACGGGAUCGUUAGGUACGCAGGGACGUCGUUGCAACUCCACCAGUCAAGGAGUAGACGGCUGCGAGCUACUGUGCUGCGGCAGAGGCUACGACACCAGGAUCGUCAAGGAGAAGAUCAAUUGCGAGUGCAGAUUCCGUUGGUGUUGCGAGGUCACCUGCAACACUUGUCUCGUCAAGAAGACCGUCAACACGUGUCGUUAGCGAUCGUCGAACGAAUGAUUUUUUAGAUAAUUCCUACUUCCCCUUGUCGACGCGUUUCACUUUCCUUUUAUUAGAAUACGGUUCAGCAGUCCACGUUGAACGCGUUUCUCGCGACACCCUCAUUAUACAUGUUUCUUUUAUUCUCCUAGAUCUUUAGAAAUUCGAGUUAAAUAGAAAAUAGUGCUAGUUCUUUGUACUUUUUUUAUUGCUAAUCAUUCGUGUACACCGUACGAUAUUCGACAACGCGUUAACGUAUCGAAGUACCGACAACUGCCUGAAAAGAAAAGACGCGAAUUAACCUGUACCGUAGAUCUCGCGGUUAGAGUAAGCGUUUGUAAUAUAGAUAUCGCGAAUCGAGCCGUAAAAAGGCUGUGCCUAAUUUUUCGCUCGAGAAGCGAUACUCGUCGUCGUUCGAAGCUUUCCAGGUAUCUCCAGCUGUUCGUUUCGAGCGAUUCCGCUCGCGUUCGUCGCGCACGGAACGUUCGUAGCUUUUCUCGCUUCUCGCCGACCUCGUCGACGAGUGUUUUUCCUUACGCUUGCAACAUGUCUCCAUGAUUUUUUUUAUCUUGUAUUAGUAUUAUUUUUUAUCUGUUUGUUUGUUUUUUUUUUCGCUCUUGUAAAUAAGACUGAAUCGACGAAAUUUUAUAUUGUGCCAGAAUAAAAAGACGUGUACCCACGGGCAAAAUUCUCGUUGGUUACUUUCUAUAAACCGCCUCGCGAUCGCAUUGAUCGACCUUUGAGCUCGUUUGCAACGAGAUCGCCGAUUAAUCACCGCCACCAGCUGUGACGUCUGUGUCGGUCGAAGCUUCUUU